CUGGGUCCUCUAAAACCGAUGCCAAUCGAGUUCGCCAUCUCCCAGCUUAGUAAAAUUCAGCAAGAGCAGUUUGUUGAUGAACACAACAAGUUUCGGAGUCUGGUGAAUCCGCCCGCCGCUAAUAUGGAGUAUAUGUUUUGGAAUGAGGAUUUAGGAAAUCUUGCCCAAAUGUGGGCAAACAAAUGUACGUGGGAUCACGGUUUUCUGGAAUUUGGAGAGCUGUAUCCUAAUCCACCUUUUCGAGGUCAAGUUGGGCAGAAUCUUGCACGAGAGUGGAGAAAGCUUCAAAAUCCGGCUGAUCGAGUAAAGCUUUGGUAUAGAGAGAGCAGUAACUACGCCUUCAGCAAGUUUUUUUCCCCAAUGGUACCUCGUCAGUGCUCCAACCCUCCAUGCAAGCUGUAUACGCAGCUUGUUUGGGCAACGACCAGAUUCUUGGGAUGUGGUGUCUCAUUUUGUGAGAAAUCAGCGGGGGUACCCCACCCUUGGGUCAGAGGCGGCACUGAAGUUGUAUGUGACUAUGCGCCCGGAGGCAACCUUAUCAAUGAAUUUCCGUACGAAAUUGGAAAGCCUUGUUCCAAAUGUGCCUCUGGGAGAGGAUUUUGCUACAAAAAUCUGUGCAGGGAUUGCGAUGAUUUUGACGAGGAAUGUGGAAGAUCUCUCACUUUAGCGAUGUGUACAGGUUUUAAGGAUAUCAUGGCCAAGAAAUGUCCAAAAAUGUGCAAUUUAUGUGAAUGUCCUUUGGAAUGUCAAAAUGGCGGGAAACUAGAUGCUGUUAUGUGCACAUGCGCGUGCCUUCCCGGUUACGUGGGCUUGGACUGUUCAGUUCAUUGUCCCGACAAGGCCGGUCUAGAGGUCUGUCACUGGAGAAUAAGCAAUGGGCAUCAGUGUAGUGCACCAUACAUGCAGCAGGACUGCGCAGCCUCCUGCGGAAUUUGUGGCUUUCGCAUGACUCCUUCCUUGAAGCCUUCUAAGCUACUUACAACACCAAAACCUCUCGUGACUGGAACUUCAAAUGCAUCCACUACAAUGCAUCCCGCCUAUCUUCCUGUCACGACAUCAGAUGCGAAUCCACUUGGAAAAACUUCCACUGUGACAUUAUCAUCCAAUGCCACUGCGAGAAAACCGGCUUUUGCGGCGUCAGUUGUGACAUCCAACAAUAGCACCAACGUAACUCUGAGUAUUGGCCACGUUGAUUCUCCUAACGUGAACAGUGUUCGGCCAGUCGCGCCAUCUCGGAAAUUCACAAACGUGACCUUUGGCAGAGCAAAACAAUUGAAAGGAGUCAUUGAUAAACUCGUCACGUUACUGGAUGAACAGACCAGACAUGGGUCGAAAACCAAUUGCAAGAAUGAGAACCCCAUAUGCACUCUAUGGUCAACCAUGGGAAAAUGUAAAGAUAUGACCAGGCUGAUGAGUAAGCACUGUUGUGCAACUUGCAAGAAAGUUAUGAAUAUCCCAGCACCCAAAGCAUGCAAAGAUAACAACAUCAAAUGUCCUUUCUGGGCUUUGGCUGGCGAGUGCUCAAGAGACCGAAUAUGGAUGCAAGGAAAUUGUAGGAAAAGCUGUAAUCAGUGUGGAGUUUGCCAGGAUAAGGAGCAGAAAUGUGCCGAUUUAGCAUUACUGAGAAAGUGCACAGAAGGUGACAAACGUCUUGUGAUGCUGAGAGAUUGUCCUCAAAGCUGCGGUCUUUGUCAAGUGUAUGACAGAUACGACUAUUGCCCUGCUUGGGCAGCGCAAGGCGAGUGCAAGAAAUCGAACUGGACGUGGAUGAGAGACAAUUGUCCCCUUAGUUGUAGCAUACCACUUUCUGAAGUGCAAUUUUGUGGAAGUGUGAAAGAUGGCAACUAUCCCAUCCCCCAGAUUUGCACGGGAUAUGUAUCCUGUUUAGGGGGAAUCACUCGUCACAAGUUAUGUCCAAGUGGAACACUUUUUAAUCCCCUGAAGACGUUCUGUGAUUUGCCUGUUAAUGUUAGGUGUUCGCAGGAAAAGGAUCUCACUCUGAAAAGGAACCAUGUGGCAGGAUAA